GACGAUCCACGAGUGUCCUACGAACCGCAGGAAACAAACGGACAUCAGGAGGAGCAGAGCUUGCUUUGGGGGAUCAUUGUCUCGGUCGCUGAACUCUUGCUUGAAGGCUUACUGCUCUAGCAUAAAAAUGACAAGGAUGCUGGAAUAUGAGCGGCAGUUGUUGCUUGAUAUGGUGGGCGUCAACUGCCUGCUCAUCAGCGCCGCCGGACUGGACAUAGAGCGCGUGAUGGAGUCGCUGCUGCGCGCCUACCUGGAUCCGCGCAACUUAGUGCUGGUGGUGGGCACUGGCAGCGAGCAGGAGCUUCGCCUUGCCAACGCGCUCGGCGUGCCCCCCUCAACCCAGAAGUGCAGCUACGAUGAGGGUGGCGUCGUCUUCGUCACCGCCAGGGUGCUCGUCGUCGACGCACUGCGGGACCGCGUGCCCCUGGCCAGCGUGACCGGCGUGGUGAUGCUCCGCGCGCACGCCAUCCUUGCGCAAGAGGCAUUUGCCUUGCGCCUCUUCCGCCAACGCAACCCCACUGGCUUUAUUUGCGCGGUCAGUGAUGCCCCAAGCCGCUUCUCGUCGCACAAUGUGCGUAAAGUCAUGCGCACAAUCUUCUGUGAUAAUCUGCUUCUGUGGCCUAGGUUUCAUUCUGUCGUUGUAAGUGCCCUGAGUGGCGUCACUCCUGAGGUGGUGGAACUGCACGUCACGAUGACCCAAAGCAUGCUGAAAAUCCAAACGGCUCUUCUCGAGCUGCUCUCUUACUGCGUCCGCGAGCUGCGCCGCCUGAAUCCCGGUCUGCUGGAUGAACUCAACGUGGAGGAAGCGCUGGCUUCCCCUCGCACCCUGCAGCGCCUGCUCGACCCUGUGUGGCACCAGCUGGGCCCCAAAAGUAGACAGCUAAUUGCCGACGCCAAAACCCUACGCACCCUGCUCAGGAGUUUGUGUCAGUCGGACAGCGCCUCUUUCCUCGCGCAACUGGCGCCUUUGCGUACCGCAGAAUACGCCCAACGGAGUAGCGGGUGGCUACUGCUCCCAGCCGCCGAGUCGCUGUUUGUUUUGGCCAAGGGAAGGGACGGAAAUGAAAAAGAAAUCUGUCCCAAGUGGAGUGCACUUGCUGAUGUGCUUGAGGAGGAGGCCAAAGAUGAUGGUGAAAAUAAGAUCCUGAUACUUGCCGAGGAGCGAAGAACGUGCCGUCAAUUGAUGCGUUACCUGACCAAAGAUGAGGCAAGUUCUGAAGAUGAUCAAACCUUCUUUAAGAAGAACAACUGUCUUGUGUUCCUGGAGCCGCUGGUGUCUCCGUUGGAGCCGCUUCUGGCUGCCUUCAGCCCUAGAAUAAUAAUCCUAUAUGAUGCCAACGUGGUCGCCGUUCGUCAGCUGGAGGUGUUCCAAGCCCGAAACCCUGAGCCCCGCUUGAGAGUAUACUUUGUCGUGUUUGGAGGGUCGGUUGAGGAGCAACUCUACCUGACAGCCUUGCGUCGAGAAAAGGAUGCCUUUGAGGCUCUAGUCCGAGAAAAAGCCUCAUUAGGGGCUGGAGAAGUCAGUGUUGACGUCGGAGUUGAGUCAGCUAAACACGGCAUUGUGUUAGUUGAUGUCAGAGAAUUCAGAUCGGAGCUUCCCAAUUUGCUGCAUCAAAAGGAAGUCAGAGUUGAGCCGAUUACUCUGAAGGUUGGAGAUUACAUAGUCACAAGAGACCUGUGUGUGGAGCGAAAAAGUGUUUCUGAUCUCAUUGGCUCGCUGAACAGCGGCCGGUUGCACAAGCAAGCCACAGCGAUGCAGCGAAACUACAAAAGGCCUGUGCUGCUGAUCGAAUUUGAGGGGAAAGACGUGACUCGGCUACCCAUGCAGCGCCUUCAGCUGCUAACCCUGCUCUUUCCUCGGCUCCGCAUCAUCUGGUCACCAAGCCCUCACGCGUCAGCUGAAAUGCUAGUCGAACUGAAAGCCGGUCAUGAUGAGCCCAGCCUCGAGCACGCUGCAGCCUCGCACCGCUACGACACACCUCUGCUGCACGAACAAUUUGACACAACCAUGCGGGAAUUCGUCUCAUGCCUACCAGGGGUGCACUCGAAGAAUCUGCGUUCCGUGUUGAGUCGGGGAGGUUCUUUGGUCCAGUUGUUUACCAUGGAUGCAGCCAAACUGGCUGAAUUGACCGGCACAGCUGCCGCAGGACAAAGUUUGCACUCAGCGCUGCACAAAGCCUUGAGCCCAAAUUUGCAAGCAAGCUACGUCAAACCCAAGAAGCAACCUUUGAAAAGAAAAUGGCCUUCCAAAAAGACCUGAAGGGGAAACUUAAACGUUCCCAUUACUCACUUGGACUGUUAUUGUCUUCUACUUAUUAUAAGAUAUAAAUGCAAAAGUUCUAACUCAAUUAUUUGCUUAAUGAACUUUUAUGUUCGUGGGGUGAUCAAGUAAUAAAAGUGAAUUUAUACACUAAAA